CUUACAUAUCUAUAAAGGCAUACUCCCUGUUGAAUGUACUUUCUGUUAAAAUAACUGAAUCAAAUAUUUGCAUUUAAUGUGAUUAGAUAUGCAAAUGAAAAUAUUAAGUUCAUAAAUAUUAUUCGUAAAUGUGAAAACGCGGAUACUUUUAAAAAUAAAUAAUUUGUUACAAAUUGAUUUUGUAUAUAACACUUCGUGUAUAAAUUUGUUUGGUUUUACAAUAUUUUUCAAAAUUUGAAGGCAUAUUUCUUGUUUCUGGCUUUUAUUAUUACCCAUAUCUGUAAUACACUAUUUAAAAUGCCGGUGCUUGUAUCAGAUGAAGUUUUGGAUUCUUUAAUAUGCAGUUUUUGUGAAAAAUAUCUUUCUGUUGGUCCCAUAAAAAUUUACAAUAAUCGAAAAGUAAAAUGUGGAAGAUGUCCAGAAAUUCCAAACGACCCUGGAAUAGAUUCCAUUUAUUGGAUAGUUGCAGAAAAAAUUUUAUUCAAGUGUAUCAAUGUCUAUGAAGGAUGCAGAAAUAUCUUGUCCUACAAUGAUGCAAAGAAACACGAAGAAACUUGUUUGAGUACUAAAUUUUUGUGUCCUAUUUGUAUGGAAAAUAUAUGGAUUUAUUUAUUGAAAAAUCAUGUUAUGCGAAAACAUAAGCAAGUACUUUUAAAUAGUAAUUAUAUUUCACUUAAUCUACAAGAUAUUCCAUCAGUUACAAGUAAAAUUUAUUUUUAUCAUAAUCUUAACAAUUUAUUUGUUGUAAAUAUAAGUUUUGAUAAAUUUGCAGAGAAUCAUUUACAGGUUAAUGCUAGAUUGAUAGGCUACAAUCAACAAGAGGCUGUUGGAACACAAAGAUAUAUUUUUAGAUAUUGUUCAAAGUUCAGUAUAGAAUCUCCAAUAAAACCGUUGUAUUCCAACAAUUCCCAUAAUUUUGAUAUUUCCAAAAUAAAAAUGAAUAAUCCAAAAUGUCAAGGAGUAUCUUAUAUUGAAUUUGAUUUCCAAAUCAAUAGUAUAUUCAAAACAUUCAAUAUACCUCAGGAGAAAGUUUCUAGUUUUGAUAUGUGUAAAUCAAGUCUUCAAUUAUCAGAAAAAGAUAUCUCUGCAGUUAGACAAAGUGGUGAUAUGUUACUGGGGAAAAUAAGUUUAGAAUGUUAUUUUUGUAAUCAGCUUUGUCUGAACUCUGUAUUAUAUUAUCAAAGUCAUUAUCUUUAUGAAAAUUCUCAGCAUCACUUCCUGUGUUAUUAUUGUUCGAUUUAUUACAAAACUUUCAACAAUGAAAACUUUCUUAGAGUUACAGAAACAAUACUUCCUUAUAGUGUCUACAGUAAAUUACAGUAUUUUUGCUAUUGGAAUUGUGGGUAUGCUUUCAAUGCUUCUAACUUAUAUAGUCACCAGUUUAUUUGUAUAAAACAGUCAAAUAUGAAAUGUGUAAAAAACACCUGUAAUUUUAUUUCAACUUAUACAGAUUUUGAGAAUCAUUAUGAAGAAGUGCACCAUUUUUCAAAGUUUGAACGAAUAAAAUAUUUUCAUACAACUGAAUUUUCCAUAUAUUUUAUGUCUGAACCUUUAUGGCCUUAUUGUAUUUGCUAUGUAAAAUUUAGACAAUAUUUAGUUAGCAUUAAAUUUAUUUGGUACCAAUUGCAUAUAUUGAUUCAUAUAAAAUAUCACUAUAAUAAUUAUACCGAAGAUAAUUAUGCACUUAUGGAAGGAAAUUUGAAGCUUUUACUGUUUAAUGAUGACGUCUUUUGGGCUUCUGUAGAAGGGAAAGGAGGAAAGGUCCCGAUUUCACAUAAACUAAAUGUAAAAUGUUUAUUUCUAGAAGAUGGAAGGCAUCUUUUUUGAAAUUUUAUUGUAAAAAGUAGAUUCGUCUGUGAAUAACACAAAUUUGGAAGUGAAUCUUUUUCCCCCAAGACAAAAUCUAAGUUUAUUCACAGCUGACAAAAUUAUCAUGUAGUAUUUGAAAAUAUGAUUAAAUAUGGCGCCUUUCAUUCAAAAAAUCUUAUGUUUUGUUUAAGUACUUCUGGGAUUCUGUAUGACUGGAAAUAAUUUUAUAUUGUAGCUGUAGUUAAUGUCCAUAUUACUAUGAAAACCACGUUGAAAUAUUACAGUUUGAUACUAGUGACAGUAAAUAUAUAUACAAAUCACUCACAACUUAGGCAGGAUUUCCAUAAUCUAUCCUACCCAACGCAAACUAGGGAUAGUAAAUGUGAUUUUAUUUCCACGGGGAAAAUUUUUUUUUCGGCAACCGUCCGGAAAGUACCUAUUUUCCAGAGGCUUUUUCUUUGAGAAAAUGUAGCUUAAUAAAUAAUUUUUUUUCAAAGUUUUUGUUGCGAUUAUUGCAAUAAAUAAUGGAAUUCAGCAGCUGCCCAAAAAAUCUAAGCUAAGGUACGAAAGUAUUAAUAGUUUAUUCACAGAAUGGAUGGAUUUGGUGCUUCCACUCUGUAAAGCAUCUACUCGAUGCUGAUGUAAACACUAAACAUUGCCACAUUUCCAAAGGUUACCACAUAUCUUGAAAGGCAGAACGUUGUAUGCUUAAAUGAAUAAAAAAUAUUAAUUUGUUUUUAUUCUUUAGAAAAAAAAUUGGUUUUAAUUUACUUUUAUUUUGUCUUAUUACUUUAAAUGCAGAUUUUUCUUGUUAUAAAUUGUUCAUUAUUUGUAUCGGUACUCCAAAAAACUAAUAAAAUGUUUUUACUAAUA